UGAUGCGUGCCCGCUGAAAUCACGUCGCUUUAUCCUGUCGUAGGGCACAGGCUCCGGUCAAAGGAGGGCAGGAAGGAGAGCAGACAGCCGUGCUCUCGCUAUCCGAUCGAAUCCGAAUCCAAUUCAUGGCGCGUCGGCGUCUCCUACUGUCUACUUCCACUCUAUCUCUGUCAGCUGAUGCUGGCGUUCUCCUUCUCCCUCCUGCUGAGGAGCCGCGCCCGAGCGCCCCUCAUGCACGGCACCAUGACCACGCCCCCAAUUGCAUGCGUGCCCUCCUUUAACUUGAGCCUGCCUUUUGCUCUUUUCUUCUUGUUCCCUCUACGACUACAAAAGCCCUCAAAGCAGAUCCCUAAAACAAAGCCAUAGGCCACAGGGUGAGAGCGCCAUGAAGCUCCUCAGACUCCUCACUCAAGCUAAACAAGGCGGCGGGCCACUUUUCCUUUCUUCGAGGCGCGCCGCCAUCGUCACCACCACCAUCUCCACCACCGUUGACUUCGGCGGCGGCGGAGAUUGUGAGGACGACGGCCCUUUCUUCGACCUCGAGUUCAUGACCUUACCGCUGCAGGAUGGAGCGCGGCAUGCUCUAGAAAAGCAACAGCAGAAGUACUCUGACGCGGAGUCGGAUGAGGAGGCCGACGAGUUCGAGCUCGCGAUGUCCCCGGAGGGUGCAAGGUGCGGGCUUGAAGGCUGCGGCGGCGGUAGCCUCCGACGCAUGGACGGCGUCGCCGUCUUCUCUGACGAUCUCUUCCUCAAAGGUAGGCUCUUCCCGCUUCAGCCGCCUUUGCUCGGUGAUUUUGCAGCGUCGGAGCCGGGGUCAUCGACGCCUCAAGUUCCGGCCUUUGUCAACCCUGCCGCCAAGUUUCGCGCCUUCAAGCUGGGAUUUCGCAGGAAAUCGAAUUCGAGCUUCCCGCCAGCUGAUCCCGCUGACAAACCGUUUGUGAAUUUCAAAACAGAGGCUGCGGCGGCGGCGGCGGCGGCCCACUUUACCAGGGACAUCAGCUCCCGAAGCUCCUGCAGCAGCAGCUCCGGCGCGAGUCGGUUUCCUAAGGACGUGCUUCAUCGCUACAUCAGCAAGAUCAAGCCGCUCUACGUCCUGCUCUCUAAGCGGUACAGCAAGAAGCUACGCUUCUCUGGGCCGCUGGUAUCCAGCGACGCCGGUAAGGUGCGCCCCGCCGGGGAGCUCGGUGAAGAUGGCUUCGGAGAUCACCCGAAAGAUCAACCUUCGGCGGCGAGUGGCCCCAAGCGAUCGUUGAAGGCCCAAGAUGCGAACAUCCCAGCGGGGCUGAGGGUGGUGUGCCGACGGCUAAGGAAGAGCCGAUCAGCGUCGGCCGCCGUCUCAUUCCGCUCUCCUUCGCUGGCGUCCGGGCGACGCGACGACUCGCUCCUGGAGCAGCAAGACGGCAUCCAAAGCGCCAUCGCCCACUGCAAGCGCUCCUUCAACAAAGGUUCCGAGUCGCCGCUUACUCGAUCAAGAAGCGAUCCCGGCGACGGCAGAUCAGCAGAAUCCAGCAGGAGCUGCGACGUCGUCGUAUCAUCAUCGUCCGUUCCGAAUUUUUAUUAGAACGGAGAACGAUUUCAAUUCACCAUAAAAAAAAAAAAAAAAUCAAAAUCCCGUCCUUUCUCUGUCUAGCGCAGUGUUUACUCCCUUCCUCGUACAUUUCCAUGUAACGUUUGUAACUAGUAAGAUUCUGCUGUUCGUUCGAUUACUCGACUCCUCUCGUCUUGUAAAUUGUAAGGCAUCUAAUGAUCUGAUAUGUUCUUGUUGCA